GAAGUGCACCGAGUGUUGAAGGCUUCGUCGCAGUAGGUCUGGAAGCCCAGUUAAGCCAAUUAUGGAGCCGUAACAGGGGCGUAUUUCACCACCGACAAACGCUUUAAGCCCAGAAAUAGUAGGCUUGUUUUUUCUACCAAGUGCCAGUUUGCUGAAGUGUUGAGAGAAUUAAGUAUUCGCGUGACACUAUAAAGUUCAACUGGAGCAUACUCAUUCGGGGCGAGCUACCCGCCCCAAAAAAGACCCUAUCGGCCGGGGGUCGUGCACCCGGAACUAUGAUAAUGCCAGCGACCAGCUGGUUGUUUGUCCGACCCGCUACGGUGAAUCGAAGUAACCCCUAACUCAAACCGAGAACCCUAACCUUUAGACCACGGGGCUUGGGCGAACGUGAUCGUAAAUGCCGGUCGACCUCGAGCGCCGUUAUCAGUGUGCGCUGAGUGAGAACUCUCGUGUCCGCGGACAUACACUGAAUGAUCAAUGGUGUCCAGAGAUCGCUCUCGUGUGUGAACUGGAUCGCUCAGUUACUCGCGGCGCGGCACCCUGAACACACAUCGGAAUCGCGCGAGGUCCGAUGCUGGAUGAUGAUCUUUCCCGGCAUGCGGCAUGUACUUUGUAAUUAGCGUGCAAAGGUAUACGUGUGUGCCCGUGCCUGGUGCCUCAAUAUCGUGCGUGUGGCUCGUAAAACUUAGUGGACUUACUGUGUGGUAAAAGUGGAACCAAGAGCUGCCUGUGGUCAGCCCCAGGUUAUGGACGUUUCUUAAUCAGUGUCCGGAGUUGGAAAGGAAGGCCAUCACAAUGAUCGGAAUCAAGUAUCUCAACGAAGCCCACUUGAAAGGGUUCGAAAAGUACAAGUACAAUUGCGUUGACACCAGCAUAUUGAGCGUGUACGUGAUGCACCCUUUCUGGAACAAGGUAGUCUUGCUGUGUCCCCGAUGGGUUGCGCCCAACCUUCUCACCUUCACCGGGUUCAUGCUGACGGUGGUAAACUUCUUCCUGAUCGGUUACUACGACCGAGACUUCAAGGCAGCGACAGAAACAUCCCAUACGGUUCCCAACUGGGUGUGGCUGCUGGCUGCCAUUAAUCUGUUCGUAGCGUACACUCUCGAUGGAAUCGAUGGCAAACAAGCACGAAGAACCGGCACCAGUGGACCACUUGGUGAGCUGUUUGAUCAUGGAUUGGAUUCGUACUCGGCGGUGCUUAUACCGAUCUAUGUAUUCAGCAUAUUUGGAUCGCACGAUCUGCCUCCGGUGCGAAUGUUCUUCAUCACGCUGAAUGUGUUCCUUAAUUUCUACCUUCCGCACGUGGAAAAGUACAUCACGGGCAUUAUGUUUCUGCCGUGGGGGUAUGAUUUCGUAAUGUGGGGGGUCUCGAUCACGCUGGCAAUCACCGGUAUCUUCGGAGCAGAGUUUUGGCAGAUUCCGGUCUUUGGCAUGAAGCCUUGCCACAUCUUUGAACUGACACUAUACGUAUCCGCAAUCAUAACUAGUCAUCCUAUAAUAAUAACUAAUAUUUACAAGUCGUAUCGCGACAAAACGGGCAAAAUGCGAUCAUUUAAAGAAGCGAUUCGCCCGCUAGUGCCACUUGCCAGUCUGUUCGUACUGUGUACGCUCUGGGUGCUGCUCUCCAGGAACGGCAUCAUAGAUAUGGAGCCACGGCUCUACUUUGUGAUGUGUGGCACGUUGUUUUCGAACAUUUGCUGCCGGUUGAUCGUGUCCCAAAUGUCAGAUACUCGGGCUGAUCUUUGGAAUGCACUGCUGAAUCUGUUAUGUGUGACCGUCGCGUUUGGGAUUCUGCCGUACACGUCCCUCGGCUUGCCGGAGCUGGAUAUCGACUUCGAGCGAUACCUGCUCUACGCGCUAACGUUCUUCGUCACGAUCGCCCACCUUCACUACGGAGCCGGAGUGGUGCAAGAAAUGUGCCAUCACUUUCGCAUCCGCUGUUUUAAAUUUCAAGAGUGUCUCGAUUUCGCAAGACAGCUGUUCAGCAUCUACUUCAUUGUGGAACACAGAGCAAUGACGACGAUGGCCACCGACGGUCUGAUGGAAGUUUCUGCGCAAGAUUGGAGUGAGCUUCGGGAUCUUUACAAACGCGAUUGGCCGCGGUACGAGGUAGCCUACAAUACACUGCAAAAUUUCAUUCAUUGGACACUCGCUUCCGAGCCUGCGGAUAGCAUGACUAUCUACAGUUACGGUGAAAGCUGGCGUCAAAACGGGACUGUUGUUAUAACUAGUGCAAACUACAUUUUUCUGUACACACUGGAUGCUUCUGAAGAAACCCUUCGAAAGGCGCUGCUUGCGUUUAAAUGGAAACAAGAGUACAUAUCGUACAUGACAACCUAUCGGACGCUUCUGUUGGAAGUGUACCAAACGCUCAACUUAAAAGUGGUUCUCGAUGUUCCCAACGUGUUGUAUCGGUUGUCGCGUGAGCAAGCGCAAAACAUAACGUACACACUCCCGGACGGGUUUUACGCACAGAAAAUCAAUCCAAUUUACGCCCAGUUCAUCAACGAUCGCUGGAAAUUCAAGGGUGAAGGAACAGAGCGCGUGAUCGAGAGGCUGUUAAAGCAUAAUUUGUCCAUGGGCCUGUUCGACGCACAGCAGCACCUAGUGGGUUGGUGCCUUCGAGGUGAGAACGGCGCCAUGUGCAUGCUUGGAGUGUCAACUAAACGCAGAGGCUACGGGUCGCUGGUGGUUAAAGUUUUUGCCAAGGAUUUAGAAGCAAAUGGAUGCACUUCGUACGCUAGUGUUGUUAAGACCAAUCUUCCCUCUAGGGCGAUGUUCGAAAAGCUGGGCUUCGCGCAAGUAUGCGACGUUGAUUGGUUGGGAAACAGUGUACGGCAAUAGGAAGGUUCGUCGGC